AUGAUAUGCGUAUUUGUAAUCGCUGUUUUAUUUGGGUGGCCUUGUUCGUGGGCUCUGAAAGAUGAAGAGAGAAAAGAGAUUUUAGAUUCUCACAACAAAUUCCGUUCCAUUAAUUUUAUGUUGAAUAAUUUUAUUUACAGCACCAAUUUGGAGAAACUGGCCAAAGAAUGGGUUGAUCGUUGUGAGUUUAAGCAUCCCGAGAGAACAGACCCAAAAUAUUCUGGUUUAGGGCAAAAUUUGGGAAUGACAACUAAGAUUGAAGUUAACUUGCAUGGCAUGGUGGAGAUGUGGUAUAACGAAACGAAAUAUUAUACUUAUGCAAUCAAUUAUUGUGAAGGUGUUUGCGGGCAUUAUACGCAGGUCGUUUGGGCACAGUCACUUCAACUAGGAUGCGCAUAUAAAGUAUGUUCUCCAUUGGUGGCUCGGGAAAAUGUCUAUCCUUCCGCAUUAUUUGUUGCCUGUCAGUACAGUCCUCCAGGAAAUUUUAACGGGCAAAAACCAUACAUGAGUGGCAUAGAAUGUACAAUGUGUCCUUCUGGAUACAAUGCUUGUGAUAACGGCUUAUGCGUUACUAAAUCUCCCGGUAAAACUUCUACCAAAUCACCACAAGUUUCAACUUCCUGUUCAAACCGAACAACGACGUCGUCGACUACUUCAGUUUCAUGUUCGAAAGUGCUCGCUAUGAUGGCCUUAGUAAUUGCGAAACACAUUAAUUAA